CGCCGCCGCCGCCUCGGUCCCCGGCUCUCCUCCCCGCUCGACCCCGCACGCCCCCGCCCCGGGCCGGCUCGCCCCCGCCGCGGCCGCGGAGUCCGUCCCCCGUAGCUGCGCCGCUGGAGGAAGCGGAAGGAAGCGCAAGCCAUGGAGGGGAACCGGGAUGAGGCGGAGAAAUGUGUGGAGAUCGCCCGGGAGGCCCUGAGCGCCGGCAACCGUGAGAAGGCCCAGCGCUUCCUGCAGAAGGCGGAGAAGCUCUACCCACUGCCCUCGGCCCGCGCACUAUUGGAAAUAAUUAUGAAAAAUGGAAGCACCGCUGGAAAUAGCCCUCAUUGCCGAAAACCAUCAGGUUGUGGUGGUCAGAGCAAGCCUAAUUGUACAAAGGACAGCACAUCUGGUGGUAAUGAAGGUGGAAAAGGCUACACCAAAGACCAAAUAGAUGGAGUUCUGAGCAUAAACAAAUGUAAAAAUUACUAUGAAGUACUCGGAGUUACCAAAGAUGCUGGUGAUGAAGAUUUGAAAAAAGCUUAUAGAAAGCUUGCUUUGAAGUUUCAUCCAGACAAAAACCAUGCACCUGGAGCAACAGAUGCUUUUAAAAAGAUUGGAAAUGCUUAUGCUGUUUUAAGCAAUCCAGAAAAAAGAAAACAGUAUGACCUCACAGGCAAUGAAGAACAAGCGUGUAAUCACCAAAACAAUGGUAGAUUUAAUUUCCAUAGAGGUUGUGAAGCUGAUAUAACUCCAGAAGACUUAUUUAAUAUAUUCUUUGGUGGUGGAUUUCCUUCAGGUAGUGUACAUUCAUUUUCAAAUGGACGAGCUGGUUAUAGCCAUCAACAUCAGCAUCGACAUAGUGGACAUGAGAGAGAAGAAGAAAGAGGAGAUGGAGGUUUUUCUGUGUUUAUCCAGCUGAUGCCCAUUAUUGUAUUGAUCCUCGUGUCAUUAUUAAGCCAAUUGAUGGUCUCUAAUCCUCCUUAUUCCUUAUAUCCCAGAUCUGGAUCAGGGCAAACUAUUAAAAUGCAAACAGAAAACUUGGGUGUUGUUUAUUAUGUCAACAAGGACUUUAAAAAUGAAUAUAAAGGAAUGUUAUUACAAAAAGUGGAAAAGAGUGUGGAAGAAGAUUAUGUGACUAAUAUUCGAAAUAAUUGCUGGAAAGAAAGACAACAAAAAACAGAUAUGCAGUAUGCAGCCAAAGUAUACCGUGAUGAUCGGCUCCGAAGGAAGGCUGAUGCCUUGAGCAUGGACAACUGUAAAGAAUUGGAGCGGCUGACCAGUAUUUAUAAAGGAGGAUGAACUGGGAUUGUAUUUAUAACUUUUAGCAUCCUCUUUAUUUUUUCUGUGAAUCAGUAGAAAUAUCUGAAUUAAUUAAUGAGUUAAACUAAACAACCUACUGCCCUAGGAAAACUGGACAGCUUCACCAGUUUUAUUUUACAAAUGUGACUUUUAAAUUAAAAAAAUAGCAGUGCUUAAAAUACAAAUUAAAUCUGUUCUUGAGCCUGCAGAAUGAAUUUUUAAAAAAUAAGGUCAUAACAUUCUAAUUAACUCUGAAAGUUCAUAUACAUCAGAAAAAUUACAAAAAUUUGAAUGAAAUAAUUUAAUCCAUUCAUUUUUCCAGUUUUAUUUUUUUUUAAAGAUUUUAUUUAUUUAUUCAUGAGUAUACACAGAGAGGAGAGAGAGAGAGAGGCAGAGACACAGGCAGAGGGAGAAGCAGGCUUCACGCAGGGAGCCUGACGUGGGACUCGAUCCAGGGUCUCCAGGAUCACACCCCGGGCUGCAGGCAGCGCUAAACCGCUGAGCCACCGGGGCUGCCCCAUUUUUCCAGUUUUAAUGAGAAAUCUACACUAUUGUGAUUGACACUAAUGUGAAUCGAACUCUUUUUGAGUGAUUCUUUUUCCCUUAAUCUUGGCUUUAAAGGGAUAGAUGAAGUUACCAAGUUAAGUGAAGUUAUAUAUUAUGAAGUCAUAUAUGGCUUUUGGACAGUAUUAUAUUUCAGUUGCAUUGCUGCAUUUCAUCACAUUUCAUAAAAUGACGGGGAAAUGUGUUUGAUAAAAUCAAAUUUUCAAACAACUAUGUGAAAUAACUGAUUGAGUGCCUGAUAAUUUAAGCCACAUAUAAAGUAUGCAAGGAAAUAUUAAGUCCUUAAUGUCAUCCAUAUUUUGGUGAGAAGGUCCAACUAAGUGUCUUAGAAUUUUGGGUUAAUUCUACAAAGUAAGAAGAUAUGAACUAUCUUGAGAUGUAAGAUUUUCAUGUUUGCUACUCUUACGAUAAAAAUCUCAACAUUUUACCAUCUUAUUUUUACUACACAAGCUUUGCAAUUUCAUUUGAUAACUUGUACUGUUCAUUUUAACCAUUGCCUGAAAGCUCUCAAUCUUUGAGUAGUGCUUUACUAGCUUUUCUAACUGAUAUUUUAGAAGUUUGGUAGCAACUAUAUUUAUUAAUGCUUUACAUUUUUAUCUUUUUACACAUACAUAUAAACAUUAUCCUUGUGAGGAUUUGGGAUAAAGUAGAUAGUAUCUUUUCUCCUCCUGUUUUGAUUCCUUAGUUCCCAAGUAGACUGGUGCUAGUUGCUUAUAAGGUUGAGAAUUUAUUUUGAUCCAAUCUGAGAAUUUCAUUCUCAAUGAGAAAAUUCAAAUUUAAUCCAUGUAAUAAAUAAAAACAAUGUAUUUUAGGAACAGAUUGCAUUUGAAUGCUUAAAUAAGUAUUUGUUUCAAAAUCACUGCAUUUUUCUUUAUAACUUACAGAAAUUUGGUAGAGAAGAAUAAAUCCUUAAAGCAAAUGUAUGCCAGUGCAUUACACCACUCUGCUUUCGUGUCAGCUCAGGUGUUCACAGGAACAGAAAUGUGGAGUCCCAGCCCUUUACUGUGAUUGCACUUUUAAGCCUAAGUUGUCUUCCUUUUAAUUCUUCAGUUCCACUAGUAUGUAAAAUAGUGUAUAGUGAGAAAAAUGGUUACCUUCUUAAUUUCUUUUUGACCUUUAAUGGUUUUAAAUGCAGCUGUUACUUAAUAACUGUGACAUAUUAUUCAUAAUGUUUUCCCAUAUAUUUCCUUAAAAAAAAAUCUACCUGUGGUAAGGCAGUGAAAUAUUUUUUGAUGUUGACCUGAGAACCAAAUGAGCCAUCUUGCCAGUUAAGUAAGUGUUAUGUCAAAGGACCCUAUGGUUCAAAAGGAGAAUCUGUGUAUUCAUUUAGCUUCCCUAAAUGAAGCUUAGGCUUAAUACUACCCCUUUUACCAUCUGUCUUCAUCCUGAGUGAAACAGACCAAAAGAGCAUUCAUAAUCUUUUCUUGUCUGAACAGGAAAACUUCUGAAAAUGAACAAUAAAUCUGAAUUUUAAUCUUUACUAAAUAGCUAAAAAAAACUGUACCUGUUAGCCCGUUGGACUAUGCCUGAAGUCCAUAAAAUUCUCUAAACCAAUGAAAAAGUAAAGAGUAGUGUAACAAUAAUGUACAAAACUUUUUAAAUUCUAAUUUGUAAUUACAAAGAAAAAGUGAGUAGAAUGAGAAUCUUUAAAGAAUUCUUGCACGUCCCUUUAAUAAUCUGACAGGCAACACAGUCCUAGAAUUCAGGCUUCCUUUUUGGUUUCCAUUACUAUUAAAUAGACUUUCAUAUAAAUAGAAACAUUUUCCCUCAAAACAUUAAUUCAAAACAUACUCCUUAUAUUAAGGAUUCUAUAACCAUGUUUUUUGUAAGUGUCCUAUGUGUAACUUUUUCCUGUUGGUACUUGAUUCAUUCUCAUUUAAUUUUAUUAUCUGCUGGUUUUGGGGCCAAUGGACUUGUGAAUAUUCUGUGAUGUGUCCAUGUAUAGGUGUGUAUAUAUAUAUACAUAUAUAUAUAUUUUUUUCCAGCUAAUACCUCAAAUGUGUGAUUGUUUAAUAUAUACCACACUAUGUUUGCACAGAGCAGGGCUUCCAUUAGCAGUGGAUAUUCUCAUUUCUAACUUUGAAAAUCAUUCCACAGAAUUCUGUUGGUGUGAAUUCUUCCCAUUGAUCAUUUUCAAAUUUUAAAGCAGAGAUUCCUAUUAGAAGGCCCAUAUUUCAAAUAUAAUUGUAUGUUUCUGUACCUAGCAAUGGAAAUAUGUAGGGGUAAGAAGUGUUUCUUGAAGUGUCUAGUUUAGUAAGUUAUUAUUAACAAUUGGGAUUACUGGGUUGCCCAGCUGUCUGGUAACUGCUCAGCAAUGACAACCGGCAUGAUUUUGAGCAAAUCUCCUUCACUUUGGCACAGGAGUCGGGACAUUCCAGGCUCAUUCUACUUUGCCAUUUAAGAGUACCACUAAAAUAAUAGAGGUUUUCCGGUGACACUGGAGUAUUUUAAGCAUCGAUUUCAAAAUGAAUUGUUUUUGAGUUGGCUGACUAUACCAACGAGAAGAAAGAAACUCCACAUAAAUUAUAUUUUGUAACUUAUUUAUAUUAAGAAAUGCUUCUUACCUAUUUUUGUUUUCAUUUUUUUGGAUGGCUACAUAAGACUUUCUUCCAUUUAAGGUUUAAAUCAUGUAUUGUUUAAAAGCUGCAGGUAAUUUUCAAGGUGUGAUGAAAUUUUAAUGGAAGCCUUGUACCAGUUAAGUGAAACUGGCAAAGGAGAUCUUACUUUGUCUAUAGUGCAUUCAAGAUUAUACAAUUAGGUUUAAAAAUGUCUGAUUUGUAAAAUACUUAGUGUUAUAUCAGACUUAUAAAAUAAAAUUUUCUGUGUGAGAACUCUGUUAAAGAAAAUGCAUUUGAUUUUUAAUGAAUGUUCUGCUGAAUGAUUUGUGAUGAAUUUUUGUCUUUCAGUCUCUGCAGUUUAUCUCAAUAUAUGAAUAAAAAGAAGGUCUGUUCUCAC